GCAAAACCCAGAACGGAACAUAUAUAUACACACAUACAUAAACAUACACAUAUAGAUACACACAUAUCUCUACACACGCAAAACCCACGUGUUUCCUUGUUGCACUUACUUCUCCUAUUCUUCUGGCGCCCUAACCUGGUUCUUGUUCUCGGCGAAUGUCGCCGCCGGCGGUGGAAGUUGGGUCGCCGAUUGACUCACCGCAGCCCAAGCAAUCGGCCCCUCUGCAAAACCCUAACUCCAUGGCUCAGUCGCAGCCGACCUCGUUGCCCAAUUUCACUAACCUUUUUUCGGGUUUAGGCGAGGCCGCUGCGUCCGGUGCUACCGAUUCUGCGCGACCGGCGGCAACAUGGAGGGCGAGGCCGCGGCUCGUGAAGGUGAGGAGGCAUGUCGAGGCUCAGAAUCCGAGGUCGAGAAGUGGCACUUCGACCGUGGUAGGAUCGGGUUUCAAUCCGUUUUGUGAGAAUGGUGAUCGUGCGAAUGGGGGUUUUAUGUUUGGUGCUAAUCGGGGCGGUUUGGGAGAGACUUCGGAUGGCAAGAAUGGGGAGGGGAAAUCUGAUGAGACGGUGAUGUUUAAUAACGGAAAGGGAAUGGAGUCUGCGAAGGUGGAGAGUGUAGGGUUUGUGUUUGGGGCUAAGAAAAAUAGUGUGAAAUCGAAUUCUUGUGCAGAAAAGGAACGGUUUGUUGACAAUGCGAAAGAGGUGGUGUCUGAGGAGAAGGGAGAUACAAAAACAGAGUGCGAACUGGAAUCUGGAAAGUUUGGUGGGGAUUUUGUGUUUGGUUGUAAUCGGAGUGGAUUAGGAUCGAAUUCCGAUCGGGAAAAGGCUGAAUGUUGUGAAUUUGCAAAGGAUUCGAGCUCUGAGGAUAGUGAUAAGAGGAAGCUUGAGACGGAGGCAGAGCGAACAAAGCGUGAAAAUCUGGCCUUUGUGUUCGGAGCUAAUCAGAAUGGUAAUGUAGAUUUUAACAAAAGUUUUGAGCAGUCAGGUUUUUGUAGCUCUACCAAUGUGAAAAUAGGUCAGGAAACUGAGUUUAGGAAGUCUAGUUGUUCGGAGUUUGUGUUUGGUGCCAGUUGGUUUAACUCCGAAUCGAAUUCGAGUUCGGAGAAGAGUGGCUUCAAUAAGAAAGUAGGAGCCGCUGGUGAAGUGGAUCCUAAUGAGAAGUGGAAGUUGGACAACGAUGCUGGUGUAUUUCUAUUUGGAAGCGGGAGUAGGACGGGAUUUAGUUCGAAUAAACGCACGGAAGAAAAUUUUGCGAGUUUUAAUAGCUCUGUAGAUACACAAGUACAUAAUAAGGAUCCGAAUGUUAGUGUUAAAUGUAAAUAUCCAUCUGAAAGCGAUGAUAAUGCCGCUAGAAGCGCUAGUGUUUCUGGCACAAGUGCAGAACAUAGGCUUCCUGAUGAGAUGAGGAAACUGAACAUUGAUGAUUCUGUGAAUGUUUCUGGUGUUGAGAGAACUGAAAAUUUGAAGACGAAAUUGUUUUCCAAUAUUGGGGCUGCAUCCAAGUCUAGAAGAUAUAUAAAGGUUUCUAGAGGAUGUAGCAAAGUAUCUAACAGUUCUAGUAGUAAUAUCUCUUCUAACAGUUCUAAAGGUCCUUGUGUUGAUGUAAAGAAAACUGAUGGGAAUAUCUCUGGAAGUAGUGAACAGAGCCAUUUCGUAUUUGGAAGUGCUCGUAACGACAACACAACAGAUGUUUCGGGUACCUCUAAAUCUGAACCUUUUAUAUUUCUGGGAGGGCUAGGGGUCAGUGCUGAGUUUGGCCAGCUUCGGAAAUGCGAAGCAACUGAUCCUGCAGAACCCAAUGUAGCUUUCUCACAGUCUUCGUUCUCAUCUAAUUGUCAUGAGUUCCAACCUAGUGUUUCUGAAGCAGCUUUUGUUGGAGUAGAGAAAAAGGAUACAAGAAAUUCUCCCUUGACAGAUUUCAAAACGCCAUUAUGUGAUCCUGUCUCUCUUAAGGAAAGUCUAUUUCCUGAAGUAGGUAGUAAACUGGAAUUCACUAUAAAGAACGGGUCAAUUGAGGACAAAAGAUUGAGGGAAACAAAGCGUAAGUUGAGAAAACCUUUGGUUAAGCAAUGGCGUGACCGAGAUCAUGCCUCUAAGGAAAGCAGUUACCCAAACACUUCCGGAUGUUACUCCCCAAUGGACUUAUCUCCCUAUCGGGAUGCUACUGUGAACGAUCAAUUUUCCAGAGAAAGUUCUGCAGCAUCAGAUGGGUCGUCCCCCAUAGACAGUAGUUAUGGAACCCCUGCAUCAGAUGCACCAGUUCCGGCUGAUACUAAAGAGGAAGAUUUGGUAACUAAAGGAAAAGGAUUAGAUAGUGAUAGAGGUGAUCAGGGUACUAAAGUGCCAAAUGAGGAAAAUCUUGGGUACCAUGGUGAAAGUUCCUGUAAUCAGAAGUGCCCACCAAUUUCUGUGCAUGACUUUGCCUGUUCUACUGCCCAAACGGCACAAGCGGAUGGCCACAGUGGUGCUAGUGUGGCUUCGGUAGAAUCCGUAGGUGUCUUUAGCUCAAACAUAGAAAAUAAAGAAAACAUUUCUGGAAUGCAGUUCAUUGUCACCGAAAAUGCAUCUGGGCUUCAGUUUACUUCAGGUGUGGAAGAUAUCAAGGGGGCGGAUUUUACGUUUUCAGCUACAUCUUCUGGGAAAGGGAGAUUACUGGCUAGAAAGCGUCGGUAUAUAAGAAAAGGUAGGAGUGAAGUUGUUAAGGUUGGAUCUUCUUCUGUGCAAUCUUCACCCCUUAGCAGCGUAUCUUCGCUUCCCAAUGCAAUGGACAAAUCUGAAGCAGGCAAACAGUUCAUGGAAGGGCGCAGUUCUUCCUCAGCUGAAAUUCAGGAAACCUGUGAGAAGUGGCGACUCAGGGGAAACCAAGCUUAUAAAAACGGGGACCUUCCAAAAGCUGAGGCAUUUUACACUCAAGGGAUAAUUUCUUUACCUUCAAGUGACAGAUCAGGCACCUGUCUUAAACCUCUUCUGCUCUGCUAUAGCAACCGUGCAGCAGCCCGCAUGUGCCUUCUAAGGAUAAGGGAAGCUCUCGGUGACUGCAUGAUGGCUGCUGCCCUAGAUCCCAACUUUCUUAAAGUUCAUAUAAGAGCUGCAAAUUGUCAUCUUUUGCUGGGGGAUGUUGAAAAUGCACAGCAGUGCUUUAAGAAUUGCUUUGAAACUGGAGCUGGUGUGUGUUUGGACCGAAGAAUCAUAAUUGAUGCUGCUGAUGGCCAACGGAAGGCUCAGAAAGUGAUUGAGUGUAUACAUCAAUCUGCUAAACUUUUGGAACAAAAAAAUCCUGAUGCAGCUCUCAAUGCCUUGGAAAUUAUCUCUGAAGCCUUAUCAAUUAGUUUAUACUCUGAAAAAUUACUUAAAAUGAAGGGAGAGGCUCUUAUUAUGUUGAGGCGGCCUGAAGAAGCGAUUCAGCUGUGUGAGCAGAGUCUAUCUUUUGUUGAAAAGAAUUUUGCCUCCGUGAAUGCAUUAGCAGAUAUAGAUGGUUCUUCAAAUGAAAGUUAUUCAUUUGCAAGGCUCUGGAGGUGGUGGUUGAUAUCCAAGUCUUACUUUCAUUUGGGAAGGCUUGAGGCUGCUCUUCCUCUGCUUGAUAAGCUGGCCAAAGUUAGAUCAAUUAACGAUGGGUCUGCAUGUAAGAAUCUGGAGGCAUCAACUUCUUUGGCUGUCACUAUUCGUGACCUUUUACAUCAUAAGAAUGCAGGAAAUGAAGCAUUUAAAUUGGGAAAAUAUGCAGAAGCGGUGGACCAUUACACUGCUGCUCUAUCCAGCAAUGUUGAAUCACGUCGAUUUGCAGCUAUCUGUUUUUGUAAUCGCGCUGCGGCACACCAAGCUCUAGGUCAAAUUGCUGAUGCAAUUGCUGACUGCAGUCUAGCUAUAGCCCUAGAUGGAAAUUAUGCAAAGGCAGUCUCCAGGAGAGCCACCUUACAUGAGAUGAUUAGAGACUAUGGCGAGGCAGCUAGUGCCCUCAAGAGACUCCUAUCGAUUCUUGAAAGCCAAUCUUGUGACAAGGCCAAAGAAUGCAGCUCUUCAGGUAGAUCCACGGGCAUUGUAAAAGAAUUAAGGCAAGCUCAAACGCGUUUCUCCGUAAUGGAAGAAGAAGCUAAGAAAGGAGUAUCCUUGGACUUCUACCGCAUUUUGGGUAGUAAACCAACUGACACAAGUGCUGACAUCAAGAAGGCGUACCGUAAAGCAGCUCUCAAACAUCAUCCGGACAAGGCCGGUCAGUUCCUGGCAAGAACUGAUAGUGGAGAUGAGAGGCAACUUUGGAGGGAAAUCUCCCAGGAGAUUCACAACGAUGCUGAUAGGCUUUUUAAAAUGAUCGGAGAGGCAUAUGCAGUGCUUUCAGACCCCGAUAAGCGCUCACAAUAUGAUAUCGACGAGGAGUUGAGAAAAGAUCUAAAAGGAAGCAGCACUCACAGAAGACAUUCAGAUGCUCAGAGUCCUGGAAGCAGCAAUUUCAGAAGCUCCGAUUUCCAGAGCUCUCCAUUUGAGAGAAGCUCAUCCAGACGGAACUACAGGGAUAACUGGAAGACUCAUGGAAAUUCAUAUUCUCGAUGGUAAAAAGUGACUUAAAGAGUUUUAUACCUCCUUUCGGACCGCAAAGUUUCCGUCUAAGAGAACAAUGGGAAUUGACUGGCUACUUGUGGCGAGGAAUUUUCAGCAGAGCACUGAUUCAGAUCCAGUCAUACUAGCCCGAAUCGACAGCUCAGUUGCAAGACUCAUCUGAUAUUGUUGAGAAACAGAAGAUUUGUCCACCGAAAACCGCAAUUUUAUGGACAUAAUUUUUCACACUGACUAUGUUCAUGGUCCACAGAGGCUGUCCAUGAACCAAUACUCAUUUAUUGGAGAAAGAGUGGUGAGUUUUUUCACUCGUCAAUGUUGACAAUUAUACUGUCACGGAAACGAAUCUGUAACCUUUUCUUUGUAUUUAUACGAACGUUUUCAGCAUAGAU